CUUUGAUCGUAAAUUUUUCAUAGAUCUUUUAAACAUUUUGAAUUAUCAAUUAUUGCGACAUAUAGUACUUUUUAUGUAAUUUACAAAUAUAUAAAUUUCAUUUCAAAAAAAUUGAAGAUUUUAUGUGCAAAUUUCUGGUCAAAUUUAAACUGUUUGAUUUCGAAAAACGAAAAGUAUCGUGCAGAGGUAGCAUUUAUUAGACACAAGCAUUGAUAUUUGCAUGCAUCGAAAAAGGCGAAACAAACAAAAACUGAUAAAAAAAAGAAUAGGAAAAUCGGAGUGUGUAGAAGAUAACAAGAAAAAAAAGAUGCCUCGGAGUCGAUUUGCAGGAUCAUUGAUUUCUCCAAAGGUGGAUGUUUACAUUGAUAUGGGAAACCCUUUUCUAAAUCACACUGUUGAUGCUUUCUUGAAGAUCGGCACUGUUGCUGCCACCAAAGCUGUUGCUGAAGAAACUUACGGAAUGGUCACUAGAGGCAGUGUUUCGAGUCACAACUUUGAGAAAUCGUUGAAGAAAAUGUGUAAAGAAGGUGCUUAUUGGGGGACUGUUGCUGGGGUAUAUGCUGGAAUGGAGUAUGGAGCGGAGAGAAUUCGUGGAACCAAUGAUUGGAAGAAUGCUAUGAUUGGGGGUGCGUUGACAGGAGCUCUCAUAUCUGCUGCAAGCAACAACAACAGAGACAAGAUUGUAAUGGAUGCCAUUACAGGAGGUGCUGUUGCUACUGCUUCAGAGUUCCUUAAUUAUCUCACAUGAAUUUACUUACCAAACUGCUAAAAACAUUGCUUUUAGUAUUUGCUCUAUUUCUCUCUAAUUGACUACGUUUAACUCGAUCUAUAAUUUAGCUAAUCUUUUCCAAUAA